CACCGCAACCUCCCUACCACACUGUCUUUAUCAUCGCGAGUCGCCCUCCAGGCUUCAGCAAUUGCAUCUUGCCUGGCUGCUACCUUCUGUCGUUCUUGCCUCCGCUUCCGAGCGCUCCUGGACCCUCACCGCGGCUUGCGCCGGACCUCUCGUCCUCUCUCACCACCAUUCGCCAGGUCCUCGAGGGGCAACAUUCGCCGCUAUGGAUCUCGUCCUCGAGGGGUUUGAUACCUUUCUGUUCGACCCCUUAUACGCGACCUUGUUCCCCGCCUCAACCGCCUUCUCCGCUGGCCUCAAGGGCAACGCGACCCUCUCCAGCAUCCGCGAAGCUGCGACUGGAUAUCCAGCGGCGACAUGGCAGUACACGCCCGCGAGCGAGUACCUAUCCUUCACGCCCGGGAAAUACGCCUACCUGAGUGAACUACCUAGAGAUGACUGGCGGCGACAGCUCGCUAGCCUGUUCGCCAUCACCUGGUUCUUCGGCCUCGUAAUCUACUACGUCUGCGCAACCCUCUCCUACGUCUUCGUCUUCGACAAAGCCACCUUCGCGCACCCCAAAUACCUCAAACACCAAGUGCGGCAAGAAAUCUGGCAGACCAACAAAUCGCUGCCAGGGAUGGCCGUGCUCACGGCGCCCAUCUUCCUCGCCGAAGUGCGCGGCUACUCCAAAAUGUACGACGCGUCGGCCGACGGGCCGGGCAUGUGGUACAACAUCCUGCAAUUCCCCUUCUUCAUCCUGUUCACGGACCUGUUCAUCUACUGGAUCCACCGCGGGCUGCACCACCCGCUCGUGUACAAGCAGCUGCACAAGCCGCACCACAAGUGGAUCAUGCCGACGCCGUACGCGUCGCACGCGUUCCACCCCGUCGACGGCUUCAGCCAGAGCAUCCCGUACCACGCCUUCCCGUUCCUGUUCCCGCUGAACAAGUUCGCGUACGUCUUCCUGUUCGUGUUCAUCAACGUGUGGACCGUGCUGAUCCAUGACGGCGAGUACAUCGCGGACUCGCCGAUCAUCAAUGGCGCGGCCUGCCACACGAUGCACCAUCUGUACUUCAACUACAACUACGGCCAGUUCACGACGCUGUGGGAUCGGCUGGGUGGCAGCUACCGCAAGCCCAACGACGAGCUGUUCCGCAAGGAGCUGAAGAUGUGCCAGAGCGAGUGGAAGAAGCAGAGCCAGGAGAUGGAGAAGAUUGUGAAGGAGGUCGAGGGCGAGGACGAUCGGACGUACGAGCCGCUGGAGGGGGCGGCGAAGAAGGUGCAGUAGCGCGCAGUCUUACGAUCAAGAGAUGAUCGAGACAUACUAGACGAAAGGCGGUGUACAGACAGAAGCAGAGGAAGAGCCGACUGGAGCGGUCAAUGAGACGCAUUUGGUUUUUCUUUUCUUUUUCCAGCGUUCGAAUACGCGCAAUUUUCUUCGCGUGGGAAGUCUACGAUACUUCUUUCCUUUCAAAAGGGUGAUUUCGAAAAAGCCUCCUUUUUGGAUGGAUGAGCUUGGCCGCUGGCAGAGAGAGCCAGCGCGCCCGGUUGUAAUAGCGGUCUUGUAAUUAAUCCCUCUCCCCAGACCGCGGCCCCCCAUUUUAAUUACAUAAUACCGUUCC